UGAAAUGUGUUUUUACUAAGUUCCCCAUUGACUUAUUUGUCUCACAGUCAUAAGGGACUGUAAUGCACUGAUCCAUCUUCCCUUACUGAUACCUGUUGGAGGCAGCGUGUUCUGUACAUCUCCUUCUCAGUAUGAAGCUGUUAUACAUUGCACUCUUUAUCAUUCAACUUUUAAACAUUAAUGCAGAAUCAGAGCCGGAAUCCGUCGAAGUUCCUGAAAUCCGGCACAUUGAUUGUAAUAAGACAGAGGUUCUAAUCGCUGUGGAUUUCAGUCUUCGUAAAAUAAAUACGGAGCUGAAAACGGAGAAUAAAUUUGCUCUUUACAGGGUCACUGAUGCUCAAGUUCAGGGAGAACGUGAAAAGCACUACUUCCUCAAGUUUUCUAUCCGUGAAACAGACUGUCCCACUGAAAGCAAUAAUCUCUGGAAAGCUUGCAACUACAGAGCACCCAAAGAAGCUUCAACUGGUGAAUGUAGUUCAGAAGUGUUAAUCAAUGUGUUCCAAAGAAAAACCCAAGUGACUUCACAUAACUGCAAUGUUACAACUACAGCACCUGGAAUAUGCCUUGGAUGUAGAGAACCAGAGCCAACUGAUGAUUCUGCAGCAAAAAAAGCAGGUGCCCAUGCUAUCAAAACCUUCAACAGUAACAGCACUUACGAAAAUUACUUCCGUAUUGCUGCGGUGUACAGCUUAACCAGUCAGGUGGUGGCUGGAAUGAUGUACAGAAUGGCAUUCAGGAUGCAGGAGACUGAAUGUAGUAAAGAUCCCGCUGUAGCUGAUGAGGACAUUAUUCAAUGCCCUUUCAUCGUUAACGGUGCAAAGCUGCACUGCUCUUCAACUUUACAUGAAAUGCUCUGGUUAAGUUAUGCCUCUGGAACUGUGUCCUGUGAUCCCGUGCCUGAAGCAGAGAUGCUGAUGCAGGAAUCCGGUUGGGGACCAUUUUUAAUGGAUCCACGAGUGGUCCAUGUCCCUGCAGAAAACACAACAGCAGAUGUUCGUGUCAUCAGUACCUGCCCAGGAAAACCAUGGAAGUCCAUAUAUCAAGUUAAACCUGCUCUUCCGCCUACCGAGGAGCACCAUGAAAGUGCGGAGAGUCAGCAAGAAACUGCAGAUGCUGAAAGCCAUGAAAGUGUUGAUGGCUUACAAACCCCUGCAUGAUUAAUGUGUAUUACCACUAAUGGCAUGCAUUUAUAUAAAAAUAAUGAUAUGCAUUAAACAGUAUAUAAACCUU